AUUUAACAACUUUAUUACAGAGAUUGAGGAAUUGUUUUUGUCUCUCUUUUUGGUUAAGAACAAAUUCUACAAGUAAGAAGAUGGAAGAAGAAGAAAAGGAAGAAGGUCUGAGAACUGUGGAGUGUCUAAGAGGGAGACUACUUGCAGAGAGGCAAGUUUCAAGAUCUGCAAAAGAAGAAGCAGAGCUUAUCACCAGAAAGAUGGAAGAGCUGGAGCGUAAUCUGAAAGAAGAAAUUAGAUUAAGGGAAAAAGCAGAGAAGAGACUAAAGUUCCUGAUGAAAAAACUUGAAUCCAUUAAAGGGUCACGCAGUUCGGAGGGAUCAAAUUCAUCUGAAGUUUCCUGUAUAUCAUCGGUUUGCACUUCAGCCUCAAAGGAAGAAGAAGAAGAAACUCAUGAAAAUGGAGCCGUGGAUGAAGAGAAAACUGAUCAUGCAACUGAAAAUGUUGCUUCCAUGGAAGAAGCUGAUUCAAAAUCAAAGCUUAAAGAUGUUGCUUCAACCUCAAGUCAUGAAGAAGAAUCACAGGCUGGUAAUGAGUUUUCUUGGGACGCUUAUGGAUUUGCCUUGAGACCUCAACACGUUCAGAGAUAUCAAGAAUACCUUAACAUCUAUACAGAAGAAGAGACAGAGAGGGCAGAGAAAUGGAAAAACUUUCUUGACCGACAAGAAAACAGAGCCGCUGAAUCUUGUUCCUCAGAAGAGGAGUUUCAGGAUUCAUUGCAGGCUGAUGGAUUGGAAUCUGGAGAGGAGAGUGAUUCAGAGGAGGGUUCAAGAAACGGGAAACAUGAAGAUUGUGAACUUAGUGGUACAAGAGUACUGCAGCAUCUUGAACAAGAUAAAACUGAAACAGCUGGUGAUGUUUCAAAAGAGAAAGAACCAGCCGAGGAGGCGCAGGUUCUUGACGAGCACCAAUAUUUGAGGGAGAAGAGUCUUAGAAGAGACGCAGAACCUGUAAAAGAUGAGGAGAAGGAGAAAUUUGAAUCUGACAAGGAUAAAGAAUCAUCAGUGGAAAGUGAAAGUGAAUCUGAUAAAGAACAACAAUCUCAAGCAGUAAAAGAACCUGUGGAUCAUGAACACAUUCAACAAGAAAAUAAAUGUGAAUCGGGACAUGAAAAAGCAGAAAAAGAAACCAAGGCUCGUUCAGUUAUAGAAUGGGCUCAUAUUAGACCUUGUCUAGCGUCCAUAGAGGAUAUGAUGUGCGCUCGUGUUAAGAACGUAAAGGAUACGAAAAUUAGGCAGAAUUCUAUAGUAGGUGACCAUGCUUCACCGAGAAAAGAAUCGCUGCCUUCCAUUGAAGAAUCUGAGCAAAACUCUGGAGAAAAUGACCGUGACAGUGAGACUUCCACGAGUAGAUCCCAUUCGAUGAAGGAAGACAAGGGUAGUGUUUCUCCAGAGCCAUUUUUCCCUUGGUAUGAAGAACUUGAGGUACUUGUUCGUUUGGGAGUGCCAAAGGAUCUCAGAGGGGAGGUUUGGCAAGCCUUUGUAGGUGUAAAGGCAAGAAGAGUUGAGAGAUACUAUCAGGAUUUGUUGGCUCAGAUAACUAACUCUGAUGAAAGCUCAUCUGAUGUCCAAAGAAAAUGGAAAAAACAAAUUGAAAAGGAUAUACCUCGGACAUUCCCAGGCCACCCUGCUCUGAAUGAAAAUGGUCGCGAUUCGUUAAGGCGGAUACUUCUAGCUUAUGCUUGUCACAACCCAUCUGUUGGGUACUGUCAGGCUAUGAACUUUUUUGCUGGGCUGUUGCUUCUGUUGAUGCCAGAGGAAAAUGCAUUUUGGACUUUGGUUGGGAUUAUUGAUGAUUAUUUUGAUGGCUACUAUACAGAAGAGAUGAUAGAAUCUCAGGUUGAUCAACUAGUCUUUGAAGAGUUGAUGCGAGAAAGAUUUCCAAAGCUCGGUUCGUUUUUUCAUCCGAUAUUCAAGUUUCUCUUCAUAUAUUUGGAUUUUCCAACUUAUACAGAGCAAUGUGAUCGUUUCUUCUAUUCCAAUAAUCCUCCUGAUGCAGUUAAUCAUCUGGAUUACUUGGGAGUGCAGGUUGCAUGGAUCUCUGGACCAUGGUUCCUAUCUAUUUUUGUGAACAUUAUUCCUUGGGAAUGCGUUCUGCGGAUGUGGGAUGUGCUUCUCUUUGAAGGAAACCGCGUAGUGUUGUUCCGAACAGCGUUUGCUAUAAUGGAACUAUAUGGUCCUGCAAUUGUUGCCACAAAAGAUGCAGGAGAUGCUAUUACUUCACUACAAAGUCUUGCUAGUUCAACAUUUGAUAGUAGUCAACUUGUUUUGACCGCAUGCAUGGGUUAUAUAUCGACAAAUGAAGCUAGACUAGAAGAGCUGAGGAAAAUACAUAGACCGGCGGUACUAGAGAUUGUCGAGGAAAGAAUACAAAAAGGUCGAGUCUGGAAGGAUAAAAAAGGAUUGGCUUCUAAGUUAUAUAGCUUUAAACAUGAAGGCUCUAUCUUAGAUCAUGAACAAAAGUCUACUCAAAGGAAUGAUGGUGAGAAUCCAGAUGAUGAUGAUGAAUCUUGUUCGCCUUCUCUGAAUCUGGAUGGUGCUAAUGUUGAUUCCGAAGUAGAUUCUUUACCAGAUCUUCAAGAGCAGGUGGUAUGGAUGAAGGUUGAACUAUGCAGACUGUUGGAGGAGAAAAGAUCAGCUGUUAUGAGAGCUGAGGAGCUGGAGAUAGCUUUGAUGGAGAUGGUCAAAGAAGAUAACAGACUGGAACUAAGUGCACGGAUUGAACAACUGGAAAGGGAAGUAAGAGAACUAAAGCAAGUCCUUUCUGAUAAGAAAGAACAAGAAACAGCAAUGCUUCAGGUCUUGAUGAAAGUUGAGCAAGACCAAAAGCUAACAGAAGAUGCCCGGAUAAGUGCAGAGCAAGAUGCAGCUGCACAAAGAUAUGCAGUACAUGUGCUUCAGGAAAAGAAUGAGAAGCUUGUGACUCAACUCGCUCAAAUGGAGAAGAAACUAGUUACAGCAGAAACAACACUCGAAGCAACUUUGCAAUAUGAAUCAGGUCAAAAUAAAGCACUAUCAUCAUCUCCAAGGUUUACUCGUACUACACAGGAGAGCCCUAAAAAGAAGACAGGCUUCCUAUCAUUUGGUCUUGGCUGGCGCGACAGGAACAAGGCAAAACAAACGGAGGAAUCAAAUGUUGAUAAUACUAGUAAUUCAUCAUCUGAAUCCAAAUCUCCAUCAAAAGAAAGCAAAUCCGAAGAUCUUUUAAAUCCGUAGACAAGACGCUAACCAACAAAGAGUCAUUUAUAAC